AUGAAAGAACUGUUAUUACUUUGGAUCUAUUUGGAUUUGUUUCCACUUUUGAGUGCGGUUCAUUUCCUUGGUGGAACAAUCACAUGGAAACCUGUGAAUGCAUCCGCUACUGGAUCUCCCAUUGCUGUCGCUAUUACUCAAACAUAUUCAUGGACAUACUCUUAUAUGUCAUGUAGUAAUCCUUUAAUAGGUUCAAGUGGUUACAUUCCAUCAUAUGCAGGUGUUUCUUCGGAAACCUUGGAUUGUAUUUCCAAUUGUGGUUCGAGUUCAGCUGGCUAUUCGAGUAUCAACGUUCUUCCUCGUUGUACUGACUUUUCUACUUCUGUCGACACUUCUGUUGCACAGCGUACAGAUAUUGUUUAUCUAUCUGCAAACGAUGAUUUUUGGGUCGCUUUUCAAAGCUCUGCUUGGCGUCCAUUACAAACAGCAUCUUCUGCCGAUUGGUCCAUAGCUGCACAUAUUAACUUGAAGAAAAGGUCAGAUACAGGUCUAUAUAACAAUGCACCUGUAGCUACGAUGAUGUCUCCUAUUAAUAUUCCUCAAAAUACUCGAACAGUUAUUCAGAUUCCUGUUGGUGAUGCUGAUGGUGAUGAUCUUCGAUGUCGAUGGUCGACGAAGAGUGGUGGAGUUGAUGAAUGUGGAGAUGUUUGUCCACCGGGUUCACUUCCGUCAGGUACGGUGAUCUAUCCCAAUUGCACAAUAGUCAUUACAGGUACUAUUCUGGAUGCUUGGUAUGCGGUCGCAGUCAUGGUCGAAGAUUUCACGAGCACAUCCAGUACAACUCCAUUGAGUUCAGUACCUGUUCAGUUUCUUGUUCAUGUUGUUGCACCACCUACAUGUCCAACACCACCAGAAAUCAUUGGUAUACCAGAAGAACAAUCGUGUAUCGCCAUUGGUGUGGGUCAAACUUUUCUAUCACAAAUCUUUGCAGUGAACUAUUGUCCUUCGCCUGUCGUCAUUCAAGAUAUUGCCACACUUUCAUUUACGAAUAUGAUUAAAGGGAAUCUUGUGAAAGUGAAUUCAUCGCUCUACUAUAAGAACUUGACAUGGACACCAACUAGUGCACAACUGGGUUAUCAAGUGAUGUGUGCCAUGGCAUUUGAUAGCAAAAAUUCUCAAUCAGCACAGUAUUGUUUCAAGUUUUAUGUAACAGAUAAGCCUGUGUGUUCAUGUCCCGGUGAACCAUGUCGAUCAACCACAACAACUACGACAACAACGGCUACAACAUCAACAACUAGUUCCACUACUUCGACAUCUUCAACAAGCACAACAUCGAGUAGCACGAGUAGUACGUCGUCAACAAGCACAUCAACGACUUCAGCGACAACAUCAACGUCAUCAACAUCAUCCACAUCAAGCACCACGUCAACAACAAGUACAACAUCAACGACAUCAACAACUUCAACAACAUCUACAACAAGCACUACGUCAACAAGCACAUCAACAACAAGCACAACAGCUACAACGACAACCCGAAAACCGGAUCCAAUCAAUUGGCCAUUAAUUGGAACAAUUAUUGGUGUUCUAAGUCUUUUUGCUUUGACUGUAAUUUGCUUUUGUUGUUGUCGCUAUUGUUGUGUCCUUGGCAAUCGUUUAUAUGGAUUUAAAGAAGAUGGAAACAAUGAAUUGUAUCACAUUGAUCUAUGUACUGAUCCCGAUUGUUAUUGGACAAAUAUCUCCAUCUCAUCGAGUGCUUUUACACUUUCGGAAGAUAAACAUAAUCGUUAUCGAAUCCUGAAUGAAAGUCCAAUUAGUAGAACGACGUUAUCAAGUUCAUUGAGUAAUACGAAAGACUGUUUAGUUGAAGAUGCAGAUGAAACAGAAUUAGUUGAUUUUCGAGCUGAUAGUUUUCUUUCAAUGACGGAAGAUCGACCAAUAUCGAAUGUCUCUGUUCAAAAAGUUAAACUCACUGAACGAAGCAAUGGAAGUGGAAAUAUUAAUAUAAUCAAAUCACCUCUUCGUCCAUCGAGUAAUGAGAAAGAAAAAUUACCUACAGAAAACUGUGCAAGCGCUGGAAGUAUUAAAGUAUCUCGUAUCAAAUCAUUAAUACCUUUGAAACUCUCCAAGACAAAUGAUCCAAAAGAUGGAAUAGCUUCAAAACCUCAAAGUGUGAAUGCGGUAAGAAUUACGCAUAUUAAUAACCUCGUAUUGCAACGAUCAUCUGACCCUUUGGUCGAUCAAAAGUUGAAUGAUUCGAGUAAUAACGAACCAAUUCAUUCAUCAGCAAAUCCAAAAAAGGAUAAUGUCACAAUAACACGUGUCCCGACAGGCCAAUCGUCGAAGGAACUACAUAGUUCCCCAUCAUCCGCUAUUCGUACAAUUAUAGCACCACCAACUGUGUAUCCGACAACUAUUUCGGUAUCUUCUGCAUCGAAUAAACCUGAAAACCAGUCACGAAAUGUAGUUCGAGUUGAUCGCUUACCGUCUGAGAGACAAAACUCGGAUGUACACGAUAGUUCCACAUCGAAAACAUCAGUUUCUCCAGUCUCAAAUAAACCGAAAGUCGGCCCGGCGAGUUCAGCACGUGUGAUUCACGUACUGAGCGAAACACCAAAAACUAACUCAGGGAAAAGUAACGAAUUCUGGGCGACGAAUGUUUCGAUAUCACCGUUAUCGGAUAAGCCAAGUAGUGCAACGAAAAAUCCAGUUCGUAUUGAACACGUUUCUAUCGACAAAGAAAUCGAUAAUAAACAGAAACAUACGAAUGCAAAUGUAUUGAACAAUUCAGCUGUAAAACAGAAGAAUCGAGUGGAAUCGGGUGUUUCAGUUGAACGAGUACAGAAAAUAGAUGUAGAAAAAUCUCCAUCAAACACUUAA